AUGGCGAUGACCGCAAGUUCGUCUGACUCUCAUUCUAUAAGCGACGAACAAACUCCAUUUCUCAUAGAUAUUUGCAAAUUAUACGGACCGAAAUCUGUAGUAUUUUUGUAUGCCGAAUCGAUAAAAGAAAUGGAAAUGACAACGAUGAUGUUUAAAUGGAGGCGUGCACUUUCUCAGGAAGGUAUUGCGAGCACAAACUUGCACUUUUCACAAUUGCACGAAUCAUCGUACUACGUAAAAGAAAUUGUACGACCGUAUUACAUCGUAGUGAUCCCUAAUUACAACGCGAUUAAUGAGUUUUCUUUAACAACAAGUACCUUUGACAUGUCUUUAGCUGUGUGGCUAGUGAUAUUCAUUUACAAGGGACAUAGUUCCGAUUAUUGUUACAAUCCACCAGGUAAUAUAUUUAAUUUAAGAUUCAACUCAGUAAUGUUGGUUCGUUGUGGUACGGAAAAUAUUUUACGAGAAUGGUAUUCGGUUGAUGCUAAUAUACUCGAGAUCAAUGAUAUAGCAACGUGGAGCUUAGAAAAAGGAAUCAUUAAAUUAGUUCCAGAUUUUCUUUACGAAAGAAGAUAUAAUUUACAGGGUUUGGUUAUGAGAGCUGUUGCACUCAAGGAAACAACAUUCGUUAACAUAAAGAAGAAUGGAGAAUUAGAUGGUUUAUUCGGUAAAAUAUUAAAUGAGCUUAGUGCUGCUCUCAAUUUUACUUUCGACAUUGUCUCUGAAAUGGAAGAAUAUGGAAGGUGGAAUCCAAAAGAAAAAACUUGGUCUGGAGCAAUUGCAGAAGUACAUGCUGGACGUGCUGACAUUGCUCUUGCAGAGUUUUCUAUUAACAAUGACAGAUUAAAUGCUGUUGAUUUCACCCUUCCUAUUUUCAUCUCCAAAAACUAUCUUUUCAUUCGUAAACCAGAAACAUUUGCGGUUAAAUGGUCAUCGUAUUUUCUAACGUUCACUAAUUCCGUUUGGAUUGCUACGUUUGGACUGUUAAUUGCUGCGUCGAUCUUAGUGGCAUUUCUCAAAUUAAAACAUGGGAACGUUCGUAAAACACAUUUAUUGUCCGAUAAUUUUCUAGAGAUUUGGGGUAUAUUUUGUCAUCAGGGAUUGACAGAUUUUUCUGGUAGAUCGUCGUUAAGAAUAGCAUACUUCUCUAUAUUUCUUCUAAUUACCGUUUUAUGGGCUGCAUAUUCAGCAGCUUUGAUAAGUUUUUUAACGUCACCUAUCCGUAUCUUACCCUUUCACUCAUUAGAGAGUUUCGUUCAAGACGGUACUUAUCAACUUGCCGUCUUUCAUGGAUCAUCUUAUGAUAUGUUUGCAAAUUCGCAAAAUCCACUUGCGAAAAAAAUAAUGAAGUUGAUGCUAGAUGAAGAAAAAUUGCCCAUAACUGCACUGGAGGGAUUUGAAAGAAUUUGUAACAAUCCAAAACUAGCAAUUUACACGUUUGAUGAAAUGAAAAAGAAUAUAGAUAAUAAACUACCAUGUAAUGUGAUUCAAGUUGGAACAGGACGUAUAAACUGUUUGGCUAUAAUUUUAUCUAAACACAAUCCAUUCACCGACAUCAUCAAUUUUCAUUUGCAGAAAUUUGUCGGCAAUGGUAUGAUAAAUCGUUUAAAAGAAACGAUAUUUAUAAAGAAAUACGAUGACAUGAUUAAGCACCAACCGGUUCUGCUAACUGACGUAAUAUCACUUAUUUUUUUUAUGUUAAUUGGUAUCGUUUUGAGUACUUGUGUACUAAUCAUAGAAAAGAUUAUAGCCGCUAAAAAUUAUGUUGAUUUGGCUUUUCUUCUGAAUACAAUCAUUUACUACUAA